GCCUGACAUCCACCUAAGAUCAGCUUGCUGGGCUCGCCUAUUUAAACGUGCUAAGUGUGCAAGGUAUUGCUUCUAACUACAAUUUUUUCAACAAUUACAUCCCCAUCAAUGCCAGCCUUAAGAUCAGUCAACAAAAUCGUACACGCCCAGGAGCAAUCAGAGGGCGUUGGCGCUCGUGUCCGUCGUUCCAUCGGAGGCAUGAGUGCCAGAAACUUCACCCCGUUCCUCAUGCUUGACCACUUCUCCAGUGGAGGCACCAAUGGGUUCCCAGAGCACCCCCACUCUGGCCAAGAAACCAUCACCUACAUCUUGAAUGGAGCCAUGGCCCACGAAGACUUCACAGGCUCCAAGGGGAUUCUCUAUGCUGGAGAUCUCCAGUUCAUGACUGCUGGAAAGGGUGUGGUGCACUCAGAAAUGCCCAUUCCCAACGAAGACGGCUCGCCUACCGUUGGCUUGCAAUUGUGGGUCGACUUGCCAGAACACUUGAAGAAUGUCGAACCCAGAUACAGAGACUUGAGAGCAUGGGAGAUUCCGGAAGUGGUGCAGCAAGACGGAAAGCUCACAGUCAAAGUCAUCUCAGGAAAGAGUUAUGGUGUGGACUCCGUCAAGGAGUUGGCCUACACCCCAGUCAAUUUCUACUACUAUCAAAUGAAGCCAGGGUCCCACUUCACUCAAGAGCUCCAGAAAGACUUCAACUACUUCUUGUACGUGUUGAAGGGAAACAGCUUGGUGCUUAACAACGAGACCCAAGCCAAGCAGCACCACAACCACUUCUUCGGCGUGGAUGGUGAUGCCGUGGAAGGUGUCAACCCCGAAUCUGGGGACGACAUCGAAUUCGUGAUUAUCGGAGGCCAAAAGUUGGACCAGAAAAUAGUCCAACAUGGACCUUUUGUGGCCACCUCUCAAGCCGGUAUCCAAAAGGCAUUUGUGGACUACCAAUAUGCCCAGAAUGGGUUCGAGAACCUCAGAUCCUGGGAGUCUUUGAUCAGCAAUGGUGUCUCCAAAGAAAUGAUUGAGGGUCCAUUGGACGGUAACUUGGAAAAGAGAGAACAGACCAAACAAGCAUACUUGGCCCUGCACAAGUAAGAAAAUGGCAAAGAAUAUUGCACAGGCCGAUCUCAAAUAGGUCCCACUAGCAUUGUUACUAACUCUACAAAGUAACUAAAAGUUGUAUUUUAGGAUCGUAUUCCGUUUAAUUCUCUUAUGUACCAUACCAUUAA